UCAGAAAAUACGGUUGUCAGGAAAUAUUUCUCUAACUGCUUAGUUCCUCUUUUCUUUUCCUUCCUAUUACUUUCCCUGAGCCUUUGUGUUCCUAAUUUUAUUAUACUUUGCUAGCAUACCUUUAAAGACUGUGUUUUUCACUGUACUGGUCCUGGAGACUGGGCCUCUGUCUUAAAGGUUUUAGUUCUCAUGAGAUUUGUCUCAGGGCUACUUAUGUACUUGGGGCAUCUGUUGUCAUCUAGUUGCACAAUAGGAAGUGUGACAAGUUGCCAUCAUGUUUGGUUUUCAUUUUGAGAUGUUUUAAGGAAGAGAUGAAAAUGAUUUUUUGAAGAAAGCAUAUGGUCAUAUGAUCUCUUCUCAAUAUGACUUCAGAGAUUACUUACGCUGAAGUGUGGUUUGAAAAUGACUCCAAGUCCUCGGGUGCCAAAUCAGAGCCUCCGGCAGCUCCCAAAGAGAAGACCAGCCUUUACAAAAGUAACCCUGGUUUUUCCAAAGUGCUUUUUGCCUCCUUGCUGAUGCUUCUGCUGCUAUUGACAAUCUCAUUUUUUAUCGCUUUCAUCAUUUUCUUUCAAAAAUAUUCUCAGCUUCUUAAAGAAAAAAAGAUUGUAAAAGAAUUCACUCACACGGCUUUGGAAUGUAUGAAAGAAAAUUUGACCAUGGAAGAGAAAGACUGGAGCUGCUGCCCAAAGAAUUGGAAGCCAUUUAGUUUGAAUUGCUAUUUUAUUUCUAAGGAAGACAACAAUUGGACUGAGAGUGAGAAGAACUGCUCAGGAAUGAAGGCUCACCUGCUAGUGAUCAACACCAAGAAUGAGAUGGAAUUUAUCACUGAGAACCUGGAAACAGGCCAUGCUUAUUAUGUGGGGCUUUCAGAUCCAGAGGGGAAAGGGCGCUGGCAAUGGGUUGAUCAGACACCAUACAAUCAAAGCGCCACAUUCUGGCACCAAGGUGAACCUAGUGAUCUUGAAGACCGUUGUGCUAUGCUGAAUGUUCGUCCUCCUAGGUCACACUCAUGGGGCUUGAAUGAUAUCCCUUGUCAUGAAUCUCACAAAUCAAUUUGCAAGAUGAUGAAGAUCUACUUAUGAAUGGAACUUUCUCCAUGAACGUGUGGUUGAAUUGGUGUCUGCCAUUAAAGAGAUAGCUAAUUUGCUUUUUAAAUUUCAUGUGUAAGCUUGUAUAAGUGGUUUCCAUAGAAUUUUACAGUAGGCUGUCACCUAGUCCACUUAUGAUAAAAUCAGUGUACACAUUCAUUUAUUUAUUCAUUAAUAAAAUGAACAUAUACCGAGCAUUUUCCAUGUGCUGACACAUACUGGAGAGUCUAUUUGCAGACAAAUGGAGGAGGCAUGACCUCCUCUCCCAUUUUUUGUCUCAUUGCUAAGGGGUUAGAUACUGAUGUAGUGAUGUGAUGUGGUUCCUCCAUCUAUCUGGAUUUUUCUCUUUAUGGGUUGGGCAAAAUAAAAGAAUACUGAAUAUUA